AUGGACGAGAGCAACUUCACGCAAAGGUCCCAAGGCGCGCGCGCGCCCCGCCCCGCGCGCGCGCGCUGCUCCCCGCCCCCCGCGAACGCGGCGCCCCUGUGUCCUCUGGAACGUCGACGCGGCCGUGGAGUUUGGAACCCAGGCGCCGACCCUCGCCCUCGACGCUUGCGCCCGAGUCGCUGGCGCAGCCUUUGGCACCCCCACCCCCGGCAUCAAUCAUUAACGGGCCCGGCCACGGCCCGGCGAGGGGGAUGCACCUCGCGCCGCGCGCGCGCCGAGCCGCCAGCGUCGGGGAAGCCGCUGCUGCGCUGGGAUGAGGUGCCCGACGACUUCGUGGAGUGCUUCAUCCUGUCGGGCUACCGCCGGCUGCCGUGCACGGCGCAGGAGUGCCUGGCCUCGGUGCUGAAGCCCACCAACGAGACGCUCAACUUCUGGACGCACUUCAUCCCGCUGCUGCUGUUCCUCAGCAAGUUCGGGCGCCUCUUCUUCCUGAGCGGCCGUGACCUGCCCUUCCACCACCCGUGGCUGCUGCCGCUCUGGUGCUACGCGUCCGGCGUCCUGCUGACCUUCGCCAUGAGCUGCACGGCGCACGUGUUCAGCUGUCUGUCGUUGCGCCUGCGUGCCGCCUUCUUCUACCUGGACUACGCGUCCAUCAGCUACUAUGGCUUCGGCAGCACCGUGGCCUAUUACUACUAUCUGCUGCCCGGCCUGAGCUUGCUGGAUGCCAGAGUCAUGACCCCCUAUGUGCAGCAGCGCCUGGGCUGGCACGUGGACUGCUCGCGGCUCAUCGCCGCCUACCGCGCGCUGGUGCUGCCGGUGGCCUUCGUGUUGGCCGUGGCCUGCACCGUGGCCUGCUGCAAGAGCCGCACCGACUGGUGCGCGUACCCCUUCGCGCUGCGCACCUUCGUCUUCAUCAUGCCCCUCAGCAUGGCCUGCCCCAUCAUGCUCGAGAGCUGGCUCUUCGACCUGCGCGGCGAGAACCCCACGCUUUUUGUGCAUUUCUACCGCCGCUACUUUUGGCUGGUUGUGGCCGCCUUCUUCAACGUGAGCAAGAUCCCGGAGCGCAUCCAGCCGGGCCUCUUUGACAUCAUUGGCCACAGCCACCAGCUCUUCCACAUCUUCACCUUCCUCAGCAUCUAUGACCAGGUGUACUACGUGGAAGAGGGCCUGCGCCAGUUCCUCAAGGCGCCACCGGCUGCACCCACCUUCCUGGGCACUGUGGGCUACAUGCUGCUGCUCGUGAUCUGCCUGGGGCUGGUCAUCAGGAAGUUCCUAAACACCUCUGAAUUCUCCUGUAAGAAGUGAGCCUCCACCCUGCAGGAGGCUGUGCGUUCGCACACCUGUUUGUUUGGAAUAUUAUUGCUCUUGUUGGUUUGUUUUCAAGUUUUGUUUUGUUUCCUUCGUUGUU